ACGCAGCUCGCUGAGGCGCUGUAGGACGACCGGAUAACGGGAACCGAGAAGGGGGACAGGAGCAAAACGCGUCAGUCUGACAGACAUAGACGGGGUGCUAUUGUAUAACACAGGCCUUCAGUCUUUUCACUCCAGGUUUCCACUUUCCAGGAGGAGCAGCUGCUUUCUGUUAUUUACGUGUUCUUUUUUUUUUCUCUCACCGCGGAGGUAGAGACGGAGCGCCGCAGCGGGGCUCAGGGUUGCAUCGGCCGCUGGCGGAGGACCUGCACAUGUCGGCGCGGUGAGGGAGCGUUUGUUUCCCCGCCCUGAUACGGUUGGAGGACGGCAGGAGGAGCAGGAGGCUUUGUGGAGGGGUGCACACCGCGACGAGAACAACAUUAACCACUUCUGAGAGGAAAAGAAAAUCAAGCAGGUGCGGCCGUUUGAACUGUCGAAAGAGGAUCCGUUAAAAACGAGCGAGAAGGACAACAGUGAUGCGGCAGCCGAGGUGGGCCCAGAUUGAUGAUUUUAUGAUAUCAUCCACCGCCAGGACCGAUCACUGAUUUUAUUGAUAAGGAGCAUCAUCGAGGAGAAAAAGCUAUAAACUGACCUGGGGUCCGUUUGUUUGUUUGUUUUUGAGCUGGAUAUGAGCAGAACAGGAGGUGCCUGAUUACAGUGAUCUUUGUAAGGAUCUUUAUAAUUAAUUCAAGAAAUACAUAUCCAAAUUUAGGCCGAUGACAGUCUGUGUGUGACGCCAAUACAGCAGCAGAGAGGCGUGUUUGUGUGUGUGUGUGUGUAUAUGUGUGCGUGUGUGUGUGAGAGAGAGAGAGAGAGAGAGGAGACGCGCCUGUCUGAGCAUCAUCUGGUAGCUGCACAGGCUACUCCUCCACUGGGAUGAUACACAAGCGAUUUAGCAUCUGUGCGUGAAAUACAGAAGAAUCAGGGAUGCUGCUGAUGCUGUUGCUGCCAUUUCCAGUCCGGCUCUGAUAGAGACAGCGAGGCGCACAGCACGGGACUGGACAUCCACAAGAUAUCUCUCCUCACCUCUCUUCCGCCUCUGCACCUUCUCCCCCCCUGUAUCUCUCCCCCCCUCUCCUCCUCCCUCCCUCCCUCCUUCCUCCUCCUCCACCCCGGAGCGUCUAUUCAUUCUGAUCAGUUGAUAAUCCACCUGUGAUUCAAGAAAACACAAACUCUUCCAUCCUUACCUCCAUUCUCUCCUCCAGUCACAUACAUCCUCUCAAGCGCCUCCUUACGCACUCACACACGCAAAGGCACGCGCGCACGCGCCCACCACCGCCAUCUACAGCCAUCAUGGAGACGACCAAGCUGCCUCCGACCAGCCCGUCCUCGCCGACCACCAGCUUCUCGGUGCCCUCCGCGGAGAAGGUGGAUGGCUUCCCGCGGAGGUCGAUGCGCAGAGCCCGGCAGAGGAGGUCCCACAGCUCGUCCCAGUUCCGCUACCAGAGCUCCCAGGUGGAGCUCACCCCACUGCCCCUGCUCAAAGACGCCCCAGUGGCAGAGUUACAUGACCUGUUCUGUAAGAAGCUGCAGCAGUGCUGCGUGCUGUUUGAUUUCCUGGACUGCGUGGCUGACCUGAAGGGGAAGGAGAUCAAACGUGCGGCGCUCAACGAGCUGGUGGAGAGUGUGGCCACUAGCAGAGGAGUCCUCAUAGAGCCUCUGUACCCAGAGGCUAUAAAGAUGAUCUCGGUAAAUAUCUUCCGGACUCUCCCACCCAGCGAGAAUCCAGAGUUUGAUCCUGAGGAAGAUGAGCCAACACUCGAAGCCUCCUGGCCGCAUCUGCAGCUGGUGUACGAGUUCUUUCUGCGCUUUCUGGAGAGCCCGGACUUCCAGCCCUCCAUGGCCAAACGUUACGUCGACCAGAAGUUUGUCCUGCAGCUCCUGGAGCUGUUUGACAGCGAGGACCCCAGGGAGAGGGAGUACCUAAAGACCAUCCUACACCGUGUCUAUGGAAAACUACUGGGCCUCCGAGCCUACAUCCGCAAACAGAUCAACAACAUCUUCCUCAGGUUCAUAUAUGAAACUGAGCACUUCAACGGAGUCGCGGAGCUUCUGGAAAUCCUCGGCAGCAUCAUAAAUGGCUUCGCCCUGCCACUGAAGGCUGAACACAAACAGUUCCUGGUUCGGGUUCUCAUCCCGCUACACACGGCAAAGUCCCUUUCCAUCUUUCACGCACAGCUGGCCUACUGUGUGGUGCAGUUUAUGGAAAAAGAUGCUACAGUGACUGAAUAUAUCAUCAGAGGGCUGCUCAAGUACUGGCCAAAAACCUGCACCCAGAAAGAGGUGAUGUUUCUGGGGGAAAUUGAGGAGAUCCUGGAUGUGAUCGAACCGUCUCAGUUCAUCCGGGUCCAGGAGCCACUCUUCAAACAGAUCGCAGCCUGUAUCUCCAGCCCUCACUUCCAGGUAGCGGAGCGGGCUCUUUACUUCUGGAACAACGAAUACAUCCUCAGUCUGAUAGAGGAGAACUGUCAAGUCAUCCUGCCGCUGGUAUUCGCCACCCUCUACAGAGUCUCCAAGGAGCACUGGAACCAGACCAUUGUGUCUCUGAUCUACAACGUGCUCAAGACCUUCAUGGAGAUGAACAGCAAGUUGUUUGAUGAUCUCACUGCCUCCUACAAAGUGGAGAAACAGAAGGAAAUGAAGCGAGAGAGGGAGCGUGCAGAUCUCUGGCGAGGCCUGGAGGAGCACCAGGACCGCCGGAUGCAGAUGCUCACCGAGGCCGCCAGGAACCAGCGCAACCUCCAGGAGCGAGGCGAGAGAGGGGACCCACCAACCCCUUCUUCCCCGCAGACGGCUCACUCUGACCAGCCCGAGCCCAAGAUCAGCGGGGCCUCUUCUUCCUCCUCUGGGGCCGGGGAGAGCGCCACCUAGGUGCUGCUCCACAGAGAUUGGAUAGCACGGAGGUUAGGGGACAGGGAAAAGACAUGAGGUUGAUGGUGAAAGUAUUGGGAGAGAAAAAGGUACGAAAUCCACUGUUCUUUUUAUCUUGUAUCAUCGAGGGCGUGGCUUUUUUGUGAAAAAGCGCACAAACUCAGUGAUCCGAGGUAAAGACUGCACCUUUUUUUUCUGACAGACUUGUGUGAAACUGGUUCACUUUUUGCUGUACACACAUUAUGUUGCAGAUCAGAAGAUGAAUAUUGUCCAAAAGUCCAGACUGUCAUUUUAAUUAGUGGCUGGUUUAUCAAACUGCAGGUCAGUAUCCAAAACUGGUAGCUGGCCUGCUUCAAAUCAGCCUUUAAAUAAGAGAUGAAAUUUCUCUUUUGGUGCAACACUAAUCAAGUUUAUCAUGUGUCUAACUUGCCUUGACAUUUAACCAACCGAGUCAGAGUCUGUACUGUGGCGUCGUAUUUAUCUUUUGGUCAGAGAUGCUUAUUUCAUGCGUGGAUAGCACAAUACAUUAAUAAACAAAAGAAGCAAUUUCACACAAAUGUCCCAAAACCAUUGCCGCACAGACCAGACACACACGCACACGCACACGUACGCACACGUGCACACACACACACACACACACACACACACACACACACACAGACGCAGGUACAUAUUUACUGUAAAUAUAAGAAGACAGAGCUACAGAGAGUACGUGUAUCCAGGUCAAACAAAUCUCGCAUACCAACACUUGAUUGAUGCACCAAAAUAUUUCAUACACACUCACAUACGUACAGGCUCACACACAUAUACAGAGACACACACAGAUGGUUCUGGCGCUAACUCCUCUCUCAUUCUGUCGGGUUCCAGGACGGGCCUAAAGUCCCUCAACAUUAAAUAACCACUGAUGAAGAUGAUGAUAAUGAUAUAAAGUACAAUACUGUUCCUUCUUCUUACUUGUUACUCUACUACUACUACUCUACUCUACUCUAAGUACUACUGAUGAUAAUGAUGAUGAUGAUAAUGUUUUUAUAUAUAUACAUAUGUCUCUGGAUAUUUCUGUAGUGUAUUAUGGGAGAAACACUAGUGUAGCAGAUACCAUAAAGGGGAAGGCCGGCUCCAAUUCUGAAUUCACAUCACAUGUUAACUGUAUGAGGCCAUAAUGUGAGUGCUGAAAUUCAGCAGAAUUCCACUUUUAACAGACCUUAAAGAGGGGAGGAAAGAACUGGAUUGGCAGUGGCUGUUUUUCUUUUAUUUUGAAAUUUUGGAUGUUUGUGGUGCGGUGGGUGUAAUUUUAAAGGGGUAUUUCAUAAAAAAAUCCCAAAACAUUCCAUCUUUAAAGAUUAUGUUUUUUGGUGUGUGUUUAAAGAUGCCCUGUGGAGCUUUCUUGCAAACAAAGUUAUGUUUACAUUCAGUGGUACUCACCAAAACACAUUGUGUGUUCAGUAUACUUCAGGCUUGACAAAUGCGUCAAAUGCAUUUCCUUCCUCAUAAAACAUUUGUAAAGCCGAUUUAUUUAUAUUUCAACUUGUGCAUUGUUUACAUCCAUGUUUACUUGCUAGCAAUCUUCUUCUUCCCUGCAUUUGUUGGCAUAUUGCUAAGUUUAUUUGCACAUUACCGCCACCAACUGUCGAUCAACGGAAUAGCAUGCUAUCGGCAGCAUGGGCACUUCGCUUGUGUGCCCAUGUGCAUACAUGUGAAACCUCGUGCGCAAUACAAACAUAAUGUGGACCCACUCAGAAACUCCACAGGGUACAUUUCAUUUUGAUGAUGUGGCGCACGUUGUUGAUUUUCUGGUUAAAAGUUCUACAAAUUCACUCAUUUCACAUGGUUACAUUUGACAAAGUUGAAGUUUAGAACCCCCCCAAUUCCUAACCAAAAAUGUAUCCAAGCAGACUAGUAAACCCCACCCAACACAAAGGUUACUGGAAGACAAAUAAUGCACACCACAUGUGUUUCAGACCAAAAGAAAAACACAGUAAUCCAGUUGGAUUUCUGAACCCUGAGCAUCUGUUCCUUAAGGCUCAGCAGUCAGCAGAUCAUUGUUUUUCCCGGUGUGAACUAAGGAAAAUCUGUUUAUUCUUGUCUGAUCAUUAUGCUAGAGGGAUGGGAUGAAGAGAAGAGGGUAAAAAAAAACUGAAAAAAAAAAUAUUUUAGCAAUAUUUUCAUUCUUUCAGGAUAAUCUGUGUUUUUAGGGGGUCAAACAGGAAGUGAGUGUCACACUCAAAUGUUUACCCCCCCACUCUUGUUUUUACUCCUGUUGCGUCCUUGAUAUUCACUUUGUCUUAAAGGUACUUUCUGUGUAAAUUGAUUUGAUGGAAAAUGAUUUUGCUUUGUAAUUAUGUUUUUUUCUUCUUGGUUUUUGUAUAAUCUUAAUUUUUGUGGAAAACUGAUACUGAUGCUAUUUAUUUUCUAUUUGAUCAGGAAAAUGUAACCUUAUUUGAAGAUGAUGGUCAGGUUGUGUGUGUGUGUCUGUGUGUGUGUGUGAGUGAUUUUGUGUGUGUCUGUGUGAGUGAGUGAGUGAUUGUGUGUGUGUGUGUGUCUGUGUGAGUGAUUGUGUGUGUGUGUGUGUGUGUGUGUGUGUGUGUGUGCGUGCAUACAUGCACGCAUGCUCACACGUUGGUGUGUAUCCUGUGAAGGAAUCAGUGAGCAGGAGAUGUGUGUAGACAGAGUGAUAGAAAAUGAGAGAAAUUUGUCUCUCUUUGUUUCUUUUUCUCUCUCUCUCCUUCUCUCCUUCCUGAGGGACAGGGUUUGAAUCCGAAUGUAUCGUAAAAAACAAAUUGAUUGUGUUUUUUUACGCUUGAGACGCUGUCGGCUGCUUGAUAACUAAACCUUCAAAAACCCUUCAGACCAGCAGUUUUUCAAAACACUCACUUCAAUCAUGCCUGAGUCAACAAGGUUCUGAAAUCCAUUUGACUUGCAGCUCUCGGAUGGGCAUUUCAAGUUUUAUUGAGCUGUUAUUGACUGAUUUAAGCAGAGUCUUAAUGAAUCUGCACCCGGACCAAUUUUCGAGUUUUUUCUGAAUGCUUUUUAAGUUUGAGUUUGAUUGCCUUGCUCUGAUGCUAUUUAGGCUGCAGUCACACCUAAUCUGCCACUGCUUCUUUCUACAAAAGAGCUUGUUGUUUUCUAAAGUUGACACUGCAGCUUUGCAUUUAAUUCCAUUUGCAGAUGUUGCAUCCAACAUCCAGGUUAUAACCUCCAACACGUUUGUCAGUCAAACCAAAUAUUGCCAAAUUUGUCCAAGAAAGUUCUUUGUUGAGCAUGAAACAGUAGUUUGACAUCAAAUGACAACUGAGCAAACUCCAUCUGCUGAUGGGAUGAAGACUGUGAGAUACAAUUGAAAGCUCCAGAAAAGGCUAAAAAUUGGAACCUGAGUCAACAUUAUCACACAUGCUAGUGGUUCCCAACCUUUUGGCUUGUGACCCCAACAAGCAAAACCCCUUGGCCUUCGUGUGGACAUGAGCUGCGAGCAGUUUAACCAAAGAGUGUUUUAAAAAACAAUAAGUGUGCGUUCUAAUUGGGUGCUCAACUUCAAGAUACAAAUCAGUAACAAUACAAAAGAGCAAAAGAUUUGAGGAAAAAUAAACUACUUUUUGUGUAAAUACAUUUUUUUUCUUGUCCUUUUAAUUAACUGGUGACAUUUCUGAUUUAUCUCAGGUCCCCUUAAGGGGCCCCAACCCCCAACUUGGCCUAGGAACCAUUGACAUAUGCCUCUUCUCUAAGUACCACGGUGCUGUACAGUUUUUUCCUUUCAGGCAGAAUUUCUGCACAAUACUGGAGUGUAAAGCGCACAAACUUGAUGGUCCGUGCUCUAUAGCAGCCACAGAAAAAGCACUGAUGGAUUAGGUGUAAUAGCAGCCUCAUGCCAGUAAAUGCCUCAAAACCUGCACCUGCAAACACCACCUGGCUGGCACUCUGGGCAGACAACAAAAAACCCCUCCUCCCAUUUGUUUGGAUUUCAAACAUUGUUUUGAUUCAGGCAAAAAAACACAGCUGAAAAGAGACUACAUUUGACCUUGCUCAUAACACUCAGCUUACUUUAUGAUAUUUGUUUUGGCUAGCUGAAUUAACAAACCCUCCUGAUUGUUAUCGAUCGGUCAGCUGACUCGAUGAAAACGGAACCCCAGCUCCCACUGUUCUAGAAUUCUCUCUUAUAUUUGAUCCAUAGUAAUAUUUUCUCUUUCUAGAACUGCUCCAGAACAGGAAGCGAGAGAAGAGAGAGUGUUCGUAGAGAGAUUGGGUAUCGCCUCGCAGACAGCCAUUAAACGCUGGUUUCAUUCACUGUCACAUUUAAAUCCAUGGGAUGGUGUGAACAGAUUGGAUGAAAGCAGCCAGUAAAGAUAAAAAAAGAGGAGGCGAAAGACAGAGGAAAGAAAAAACGUAGAG